GAUCCACAGCUGUCCACAACAAAAUAGAUGAUAACCAUCUCAAUUUGGGAAAUGCAUGAGUUCUGCAUAAGGAACCAGACUUCUGCAUAGAAGAUACCAGUUGAGAUUCUGGGCAGAAGGUUUGACAGAGAACAUGAGAUCAAGAGUGUGGAUUGCAUGAAUUUAUUCAUCAAAUUCUGGACAUUGCUAGGACAAUUACUUUCUGGAGGCACUUUCAAUUCUGUGUUUACAGUUCAUCAAAGACCAAGAAUGAUUCCAAUAAGAUUAUUUGCUGAAACUGUGGCUUGUACUGGCUAUUGCCAUGGCCCGGUUUUAUAUGGACAAAGGAACAUACAAAGGCUUAUAUAAAAGCAUUCAAAAGACACUUAAAUUUUUCCAGACUUUUGCUUUGCUUGAGAUAAUCCACUGUGCGGUUGGAGUAGUGCACACUUCUGUGCUUGUGACGGGGGUCCAAGUGAGUUCCAGAAUCUUCAUGGUGUGGUUUGUUACACAUAGUAUAAAACAGAUCCAGAAUGAGGAGAGUGUAAUUCUUUUUCUGGUUGUUUGGACUGUGACUGAGAUUACUCGAUAUUCCUUCUACACAUUCAAUAUGCUCAACCAUUUGCCAUACUUCAUAAAAUGGGCCAGGUACAAUUUUUUCAUCAUCCUCUAUCCAGUAGGAGUUGUUGGUGAGCUUCUAACAAUAUAUGCAGCAUUACCCUAUGUGAAGAGAUCAGGCAUGUUUUCAGUGAGACUUCCCAACAAAUAUAAUGUGUCUUUUGACUACUACUAUUUUCUGCUCAUCAUCAUGGCCUCUUAUAUACCAUUGUUUCCACAACUGUACUUUCACAUGCUACGUCAAAGAAGGAAAGUGCUUCAUGGAGAAGUGAUUGUAGAAAAGGACGAUUAAAACAAACUUUGUAAUCAUGGUGCUUUUUCAGAGUAACAAUCAAAUCCUUCAUGUUACCAAGUUUGAUCUGGAAAUUAUGGGACAAAAUAAAAUCAACACAGAUCAUGAUAUUUUGUAACAUACAUGCUCCCAAGGGCUUAUAUGAAAUUUCAGUCUUAUUUUUCAAGCUGUUUAAUAUGCUUUUGGUCACAGAUUUCAGCAGCAGUUUAGUAAGAUUGGAAUUUGUUAUUCAAAAACUCCCAUUCAUCAAUUUAAAUCAUACUUGAUUAUUGAAUUGAGAUUAUUGCACUAGCCUAUUUGGCUAAACUUUACUUAAGAAAUACAAGUCCUGAUUGUGCUCGUGAAAUAUUUUUACCUGUCCUUGAAGGUAAAGGCAGCUUUGAGUCAAUUAGUAGUGACAACCUGGGACAAAACUAUGUAAUUUUCAUGGCAAUGAAAACAUGCCAUGAAACUAUGGACACAGCUUACCACUGCCUUUUUUAGGAUGUUUUUGUCUUCCAAGGCUGGGUUACAAUUUUGCUGUUUUCCUUGGUGAUUAUACAUCCACAUGCUAACCAGGCAGAAGCUUGGUUAGCUUUAGAACCUGGCCAGAUGAUGCCACCUACUGAGCAGCAUUUGAAAAUAGCUGGAAGAGGAUUGUGACAGCCUCUUUCUAUAAGAUGAUGCUUAAGAAGGCCCCUGAGUAAUGAAAAAAGUUUUCUUUGUUAACAACAUUGCAUUCAUAAAUUUUCAUUUCAUGCUUAGAGUUUUUAACCAAUCUUAAACUUAACAUUCAUUAGAGUUGUUUGCAUUGAAUACGAAUAUUUUUUUAAUUUUUAAAAUUAAAUUUUUAAAAGCAUCACCCUGAAAUAAUUACAACAAUGUAAAUGAUUGAUAGAAAUUAGAAAUAGAAGAGAAAAUAAAUAGAAAUAGAAAUAAAUAAUAGAAAUUAGUUUUAAAUAUAGAGUAAUUCAUAACUGGAAACAGCUAACAAGCAGAUAAAUGUAAUAUUUCUGCAAAUUUAAACCUGCUAAACUCCAGAAUAAUUUUUAAAAGGAAUAUUUAAGUAUAAAAUUAUUUUUAAAUAACUGUCAAAAAAGCCUUUUUGUAUCAAAAAAAAUUGUAUACAAAAAUGUAUGAAAAUAUUAUCACCCACUAGUUGUAUAAUGAAAAACAAUGUAAACACAGUUAAUUUUUGAUAUAGCGUGGUGAUGUUAUUGGUUCUUAAUUAUUUUAACCCUUCUGGUUAAACAGCUGACCAGAGGUUAAAGUUGCAGGGCAGGAUUCAAAGAAGCAAACAAAGCCUGGGUAAACCGUUUGUUUCAAUUCCAGAAAAGUAACCUUGGAGCCCAUGGGAGUAUAACUGACAGUUCUCUGCAACUCUUUUAAAGCAGCUAUAUCUUUCCCAAGAUCUUAUUGCAGAUAAGACCACAUCUAGUCCCAUGCUAGGACCAGAUGUUCAUUUUAAAGAAUUGCAAGCAAGUUCCUAUUUCCAUAUGUCUCAUAAUUUACUUUUCAGAGUUAUUUCCAAAAUGAAACACUGCCCUAACAAUUAGUUCAGGUAUUCAUGGAGUUUUAGGAUUUAUAUUUUGUAAGGGAGAAACUUUAUUUGAUCAAAUAGAUUAAAAAUCUCUGGAUGGGAAAUAAAAAUCUAAAUUUUCCUCCAGAGUAAUGCAAUGUACAUAGGCUAUCAAAUUCUUUAAAUUCUUGUCAUUAGAGUUCGAAUAAAAUAAUAAGUUUGAAAAAUAAGUAAUGCUUAUAAUUUUAGAUCAAUCUGAAAUCUGAGUCCAGAGACAUUCAAAGCCGAAGUAAGCAAUUUUUUGGCAGCCAAAAGUUGCACUUCUAAAAUGUAUUUUUCCAGUAGUGAACAAUUAUAAAGAGUGGAUUGUAAGACAAUGGCAAGAGAAAGUGUAGCUGUUAAUAUUUUGCCUAUUCAUUGUUGUAGGGAUGGGUGCUAAGAAUUCCUAAUCAGAACCCAUUGGUGAAAUGCAAAAUUGUUUGCUACUGGUUUUGUGGGCAUAGCUUAAUGGGCAUGGCUUGGUGGGGGGGGGGGUCAUGUGACAGGUGGCAGUGGCCAACUUUUUUUUUUUUACAUUUUAAAGCAUUUUUACUACCUAUUCGCCUGAACCGGUAGUAAAAAAAAUCCUUUAAAAAAAGUUUUAAAAAAAGUUUCCGACGAUCACAGCUGUGCCAUGCGAUCGUCGGAACCUUUUUUUUUAUUUUUAAAACAUUUUUUAACUACCGGUUUGCCCAAACCGGAGCGAGCCAGUAGUAUUUCACUCCUGUCAGAACCAUAACCUUUCUAUUUUAGGAACAAAUCAUUGCUUUUCAGGAUGCAUUUGGACCUCAGAAGUAUGAUCUGAACUCUAUGGGAUAUAAAAAAGGGGGAGGUGACAUUUCCAUUUGGGGCUCAUGGGAUUAGGGACCUUUGCUACACCGCAUUUGGGCUGUAGAACCUAUAGGGGCAGCUACUGGCUAAAUCUAAGUGAUGGUCUUAAUUCUUUGGGUCAAAUCCUUAUGUGAUUUUAAGGAAAAGUGCAUUAAAACUACAUUUAAAAAAAACUUGUUUCCACUGUUCAGAUACUGUAUUUAAUUGAAAUUUGUUUCUACAAUAACAUGAUGAAAGGUGCUCUGUUUAUCUCAUGUUGUAGAAAGCUUUAAGAUAAAGUACCACGAAAAGCCUUCAGUUAUACCUGUAUGUAAAGAUUUCAAAAGGAAUCAAUUGUAUCUUUGCAAUAACUACUUCUGUCUUCUUUUAACCAUUUCAUCUGUCACACAAAAUAUCCUGGCAGCUGUUUGAAACAAGUUUCUGAAUUAGUACAGAGAAGAGCAAUAUAAAAAAAAAGGUUGUUAAUGAGUGAUGUCUUUAUUUUCUUCAAUGUUUUAAAACUAAUUACUUAUAUCUUCUUCAUUCUGUUAAUUUUUCUGGUCUAACUUGGAAUUGCUCCAGGUGUUUUUUGGAUAUAAAUAUUUGGUUCUAAUAUAUGCUGUCAUUAAACUGGAGAUGUCAUUCACUAAACAAA